AUGAGUAUUUAUAUGGAGGAUAAUAGAGAUGAAGAGGGACUUGAUAAAGUGGGGCUCUUAAAUAAACUUCUUGAAUAUCCACAAGAUACCUUAGAAAAAAGUGAUAAUAAUAUAAAGAAUCAGCUAACGUGUGAUGUCCGUGUUAUUAUGCAAGCAUAUUGGGGUACUUCUAAUAUUCAUAUAUCGAAUGAUACUGUUACAGCAAUGACAAAAUUAACUUGCAGUUAUAUAGAUAAAUUGAUGACUGCAGCUGCACAUAUUCCAAUUUCAGAAACUGAUGAUAAUUGUGUAAAUGUAAAAAAUAUAUUGACAAUAUUGGAAAGUGAUGAAAGAAAGUUCAAACGAGCACAAGAUGUCAUUAGGGUUUAUAGAGAACAAGAGAGUUUACAGCAAGCAUAUGAUGAUAGUAAAUACAUAGGAAGAUCACUUAGAAAUACUGAUAAAGAUACUUAG